GGGUCUGGUCCCAGCUCCGAGCAUCGAUUUGGUUAUAUCCGCCGCGUGCUUAAAACAAUCUACUCUUUUUCGAGUUCGCAACCGCGAGAAGCGCGUUUAGGACUUCGAUCGAACACAUGGUGAGCAAGAGGCAGAAGCUCGCGCGGAAGCGCUUCAAGGAGGCGCAUCCCAACCUCUUCCCCAAGCCCGAGCCCUCCAAAGACCCCUCCUCCUCCGAUCCAACGAAGAAGACGAAGAAGAAGAAGCUGGAGAAGAGCAACGGAGCAACCCUAAAGGGGAAACCCACCAAAAGGAGCGGCUCCGCUCUUCGAAAACACCCUCUUCGAGUCCCCGGGAUGCGCCCCGGGGAGAGCUGCUUCAUCUGUAAGUCCAAGGACCACAUCGCCAAGCUGUGCCCUGAGAAGGCCCAGUGGGAGAAUAAUAAGAUAUGCUUGCUAUGUCGGCAGCGCGGACAUAGUCUCAAGAAUUGCCCGGAGAAAAGUGAUACUGCUGGCAAGAAGUAUUGCUAUAAUUGUGGAGAAGUCGGACAUUCUCUUUCCAAGUGUCCCAAACCCGCCGAAGAUGGAGGUACAAAAUUUGCCAGCUGCUUUAUUUGCAAAGAACGUGGACACUUGAGCAAGAACUGUCCAAAAAAUGAACAUGGAAUAUACCCAAAGGGUGGUUGCUGUAAGAUAUGUGGGGGAGUUACCCAUUUAGCCAGGCUGUGUCCAAAUAAAGGCAAUAAAGAUUUGGCAUCCUCUGCUGGACCACAGAACACAGGUGAACCCGACCGGCAGGGGCUGCAGAGCGUCUAUCGAAGUGGAGAUGAUCUUGAAGAUGAUUUUAUUGCAGAAGAAGAGGCCAAUUCUGCGUCGGGAAUGGCGGUGAGCGACGAGUGCAAGAUAAAGUUUUUGGAGCUGAAGGCGAAGCGGAACUUCCGGUUCAUCGUGUUCAAGAUCGACGAGAAGGUGCAGCAGGUGAUGGUGGAGAGGCUGGGGGAGCCAACCGAGAGCUACGACGACUUCACCGCGUGCCUGCCCCACAAUGAAUGCCGCUACGCGGUCUUCGACUUCGACUUCAUCACCGACGAGAACUGCCAGAAGAGCAAGAUCUUCUUCAUCUCCUGGUCACCGGAUGCGGCAAAGGUAAGGAGUAAGAUGCUGUACGCGAGCUCCAAGGACAGGUUCAAGAGGGAGCUCGACGGCAUACAAGUUGAGUUGCAGGCGACGGAUCCAAGCGAGAUGAGCAUCGAUAUCAUAAAAGCGCGAGCUUUUUGAAGAAACUGAUUAUUCACCUGAUACUGCCCCGUGGAGUUCUCCAGGGAGUUAUUGCUGGACUUCGUUCGAGAUGCCGUUAAUUUUUCGUAAACCAUGUCAACAUGUUACAUUAUGUACUGCAUUUUAUAUCUUUCAAGUUUCCGAGGACCGAUUAUAAGUGCAACUUGGUUGCAUCUGAAGGCAUUUAAUUCGUGUAAACUAGAUAUUUAAAUUGAAGAUUUAGA